UUUCACUCCAAAUUUAGUGCGAAAAGCAUCAAUAUCACCAUGGGAAAAUAUUGCGUCUUAACGUUAAUUGUGAUCAUAUCCGCGACCACAACGCUUGCUCUGGAUUGGUACGCACUAACCCAAGCAAAUUACGCAGCUAUCCAGAACGGACUUUCUCAGCUGAACGAUGCGGCCUCGCAGAUGAAUCAAUCCAUUACCGAACAACAGAACCGCGUCCAAUCUGCCAUGGAUGAAUUAGACGAUUACGUGCGACAGUCUAUAUACGGGUUAUUGUAUCAGUAUCAGAGCUUGAACGUAAAUCUGACUACGAUACAGAACCUUAUACAGGUUGUCUACAAGGUCGGCGGUUACAAGUGGUACGUGUCAAUGCUUGCUGAUGAUUACAAAAAAACGGUCACAAACAAUGUCAUGAUCCCGGCCCAAUCGACCGUGCAGAACAUCUUGAGCGCAAUGACCAAUUUCUACGCUAAUCAGUGGCAGAGUUGUUCGCAGCAGUACGCUCCCCAAUUGGUACAACCGCAGCUUUCCGUUGGCAGACUAAAACUUUGCAUCACUGCAGCCAUUCCUUACUUCAAAGCACUAGCAGACACCACUUUGUCUCUGUUCAGCUAUGGGAAAACAGGUCUGACCACACUUCUCGGAUUUUUGGAUCAAUGUUCACCGAGUUCAUCGAGUUGCGUUCAAAAGUUUCUGAACGAUGCACCGAAUUUGAUGAAUAACUUGGUGAUGUCCAUCACGAACCUGCAAUCACUACCCAACAUGUUCAUGCAACCGGGAGUGCCGGCUGUGAAGGAAUGCACCGAUCUGAUCAUGGCGGACAUACAGCAAACCUUACAAAGUCUCGUCAACAAGACGACCAACUGUUAAGGUGAACUACCAUGUAAAGACGUUCUGGUAAUAAAGGUUUAUAACUCGAUGGGGUUUGUAAAUAAAAAAAAAGUGAAUAAAUUUAUCAGGUCAAAGACA